GAAGAAAAGCUUCGGAAGAAACCACAAAUUAAUUCAUGGCCGCGAAUCCCAUUUCUCAGGGUCAAGGACUAGCAGUCUUCAGAAAGCAACUCUUCUGUCCCAGCCUCAAGUCCAAUUCUCAGCCUGCUUCUUUUCUCAGGUGCUAUUCUUCUCAGAAAACCGAGAACCAUAAUGAGAAUGAUGAACAACAGCACAGAGCUAAACAACCCAAAUCGUCAACCCCAAAAACCAAAACGGCUAAGGAUAUGGCCAGGCUUGUCAACACCAAUCCAUGGUCGAGUGAGCUUGAAUCUUCUCUCUCUACAAUCUCUUCCUCUCUCUCCAAGACCACGGUGCACCAAACACUUCACCUUAUCAAAACCCCGCACAAAGCCCUUCAAUUCUUUAAGUGGGUAGAGGUAAAGGGUUUCUCUCACAAUGACCAAUCCUACUUCUUGAUGCUUGAAAUCUUGGGUCGAGCCCGAAAUCUCAAUGCAGCACGAAAUUUAUUGUUUUCAAUUGAAAAAACGUCUAAUGGUGCAGUUAAACUUGAGGACCGCUUCUUUAAUAGCUUAAUAAGGAACUAUGGCCGAGCUGGGCUGUUCCAAGAGUCUAUAAAGCUUUUUACUACAAUGAAGUCGCUUGGUGUAUCGCCUUCUGUUGUUUCAUUCAAUAGUCUUCUGUCGAUUUUGCUUAAAAAGGGUAGGACAAAUAUGGCCAAGAAUGUGUAUGAUGAAAUGCUCAGUAUGUAUGGAGUGACCCCAGAUACAUAUACAUUUAACAUUUUGAUUAGAGGGUUUUGUAUGAACUCCAUGGUAGAUGAAGGUUAUCGCUUUUUCAAAGAUAUGUCGGGUUUUAGAUGUGACCCGGAUGUCAUUACCUAUAAUACUCUUGUUGACGGGCUAUGUAGAGCAGGGAAGGUUGAAAUUGCCCAUAAUGUGGUGAAGGGUAUGAGUAAGAGAAGUGGGGAUUUGACUCCAAAUGUUGUUACUUAUACGACCUUGAUUAGAGGGUAUUGUGCGAAACAGGAGAUUGACAAGGCUUUAUGUAUUUUGGAGGAGAUGACUACUCGAGGGUUAAAACCAAAUGGAUUUACCUACAAUACUCUAAUUAAGGGGCUUUGUGAAGCGCAGAAGCUAGAUAAGAUAAAAGAGAUUUUGGAAGGAACAAUGAUUGGUGGAGAAUUUACUCCGGAUACGUGUACGUUCAACACAUUGAUGCAUUCACAUUGCAAUGCAGGAAACUUGGAUGAAGCAUUGAAGGUUUUUGCAAAGAUGUCAGAGUUAAAGGUUCCACCAGAUUCAGCUACAUACAGUGUUUUGAUACGCAGUUUAUGUCAACGAGGGGAUUACCCUAGAGCAGAGGAGUUGUUUGAUGAGUUAUCAAAGAAAGAAAUUUUGUUAAGGGAUGAUGGUUGUAAGCCUCUUGUUGCCUCUUAUAACCCUAUCUUUGGGUAUUUAUCUAGUAAUGGGAAAACUCAGAAGGCUGAGGAAGUGUUUAGGCAGCUAAUGAGAAGAGGAACACAAGACCCUCUGUCCUACAAGACUUUGAUCAUGGGGAAUUGUAAGGAAGGUACAUAUGAAGCUGGGUAUGAACUCUUAGUCUGGAUGCUUAGAAGGGAUUUUGUGCCUGAUGAAGAGAUUUAUGGAUCCUUGAUUGAUGGCCUCUUGCAGAAGGGUAAGCCCCUUCUUGCCCAACAGACUCUAGAGAAGAUGCUAAAGAGCUCUCAUCUCCCACAAACGUCUACUUUCCAUUCUUUACUUGCAGAACUUUUGAAACAGCAUUGUGCCCGUGAAUCUGCCAGUUUUGUCACUUUAAUGUUGGAGAAAAAAAUUAGACAAAACAUUAAUCUCUCAACACAUCUUAUAAGGCUACUUUUCAGUAGUGGGUUGCGAGAUAAAGCAUUUGAGAUUGCAGGGAUGCUCUAUGAGAAUGGGUACUCAAUUAAAAUGGAAGAACUGGUUUGUUUCCUUUGCCAAAGUAGAAAGCUUUUAGAGGCAUGUGAAAUGUUGCAAUUCAGUCUGCAGAAGCAUCAAAGUGUCGAUAUUGAUAAUUUUAACCAAGUUAUUGUAGGGCUUUGUGAUAUCAAUAAACUUUCAGAAGCAUUUGGCUUGUACUAUGAACUGGUUGAGAAUAAAGGCUAUCAGCAAUUGCCCUGCUUAGAUUCUCUAAAAUCUGCCCUAGAGGUUGCAGGAAGAUCAGUUGAAGCUGAGUUUCUAUCUAAAAGGAUUCCAAGACAGCAGCUGCUGGACAAAUCUGGGAAGUCAAGACUACAACUGCAUCUCUUUCUUUUCAUGUUCAUCUCCUUUGAAACCAACUCCUCUCCAACACCAAGCCCAGUUCCCCCAUAUAUACAUGCCUUCAACUUUCAACAAACUCAGACUAUUUCAUUGCUAAGCCUUCUACUCCUUCUCCUCAUCAUCAUCAUCCUAAAGAUGUCAAAGCUCGAAAGCAAUGGCGCUAAUGGUUCUUCCAAGCAAUUCCAUGCACCAAGUAGGCAUGCUCCUACACCAGGGAAGGCAACAGUCCUUGCAUUGGGCAAGGCCUUCCCAAGCCAACUGGUCCCUCAGGACUGCUUGGUGGAGGGCUACAUUCGUGACACCAAAUGUGUAGAUGUUGCCAUUAAGGAGAAAUUGGAACGACUGUGCAAAACCACAACUGUGAAGACUAGAUACACAGUCAUGUCCAAGGAGAUCCUAGACAAAUACCCUGAACUAGCAACUGAGGGCUCAGCCACCAUCAGACAAAGGCUUGAAAUUGCAAACCCUGCAGUGGUACAGAUGGCCUUGGAAGCUAGCCUUUCUUGCAUCAAGGAAUGGGGUAGGCCAGUUGAAGACAUCACUCACAUUGUCUAUGUCUCCUCAAGUGAAAUCAGACUACCUGGUGGUGACCUCUACCUUGCCAGCAAGCUUGGCCUGAGGAACGACGUUGGCCGCGUUAUGCUCUACUUCCUAGGCUGCUAUGGUGGAGUCACCGGCCUCCGGGUUGCCAAAGACAUAGCUGAAAACAACCCGGGAAGCCGGGUCUUGUUAACCACUUCUGAGACCACAAUUCUUGGUUUCAGGCCACCAAACAAGGCACGCCCUUACGAUCUUGUUGGGGCUGCGCUUUUCGGUGAUGGAGCUGCAGCUGUGAUCGUUGGAAGCAACCCAAAACCAGGCCAAGAGACUCCUUUCAUGGAGCUCAACUAUGCUGUCCAGCAGUUCCUCCCUGACACACACAAUGUGAUUGAUGGGAGGCUCUCAGAGGAAGGCAUUAACUUCAAGCUUGGAAGGGACCUGCCUCAGAAGAUUGACGAAAACAUUGAGGAGUUUUGCAAGAAGCUGAUGGCCAAGGCUUCAUUGAAGGACUUCAAUGAGUUGUUCUGGGCUGUUCAUCCAGGAGGACCUGCCAUUCUUAACAAGCUAGAGAGCACCCUCAAGCUGGGCAGUGAUAAGCUAGAGUGCAGCAGGAGGGCUCUGAUGGACUAUGGAAAUGUUAGCAGCAACACCAUUUUCUAUGUCAUGGAGAAUAUGAGGGAGGAGUUGAAGAAGAAGAAGGAGGAGAGGGAAGAAUGGGGGCUUGCCUUAGCUUUUGGCCCUGGAAUUACAUUUGAAGGCAUCCUCAUGCGCAGCCUGUAAGAGGAUCAAUGGUUACCAUGCUACAUUGCAUUUAAGAUUCUGAGUUAAUUUGGUCAUUUUAAUUUUUAAUGAAAUGGAAUGGAGAAAGAGAUAUGUAGCCAAAAUCAAAUUGGCCUUCACAUGUAGCUUGUGGUCUGUGACAUGAAAUUUAUGAAUUCCACUGCAAUUUAUUGCUAAUCAUUUAUCAACGAAA